GUGUGUAUGAGCUCCCCAUACUUCGGUCACCUCACUUUACCCUCACUGUGGCGAACCCUUUCAUUUCUCCGAUGGCGUUCCAUGCCAUUCAUGACGCUGGCAUGAGGUCAAUUGCGUAUGUCCACCAUCAGUGAAGACGAACAGAGCUCUAAGCUACCGGCACAAUGGAUGCUAUUAAAAUGAGCCCAAAGUUGAACCCUUGGAGUAGGAAAAUUCAAGCCUUCCAGCAAGGAAAACCAGCCAGCAGUUGACGUCAGUCAUCAAUCUCACCGAUUCCAUCGCUCUGUCUCUUGACUCUAGACUCGCCCAUACCUAAGUCUUCUUCCCUAUUCGCAUACGGAAAUCAUGGCAGCGCUACCCACCUCAUCCAAGACAGUCAACGACUUCCGAGAAUGGAAAGCCUUUGGCACGGGCGGGACUCCGCCGACCUGGGCCGGAUACAUGCGCAUGUCAAAACUCCGGGCCCGACGCGCCCUCUCCAAGAACAACAACCUCCGCGACCCGGCCCCGCUGCAAAAGACGGGGCCCUCCUACCUACCCACGGGCACGCUCCCGCUCCGCUCGGGGCCGCGCCCACGCAUGAUGCCGCGGACGCUCCCGCAGCGCCAGUACCCGGAGCCCAUCGACCCGUCCGUGCAGGCGCGGCUGCGCGCCCUCGUCCACGACCUGGCCACCGCCCACCCGGAGCUCUUCGACCUGAUGCCCUCGCACACCGAGGGCCGCACCACGGACGGCCUGUACGCGCGCCGCAACCUGCCCACCCUCAACCCGCUGGCGGGCGACCGCAUCCUCAGCUACGAGAUCGCGCACAUGCACCCGGCCGAGAACAGUCUGCACGUGUGGCUGAGCGAUGUCGACGCGCGCGAGGUCAUCGAAAAGGGCUGGGGCCAGCGGUUUCCCCUGCCGGCCGUGCCGCAGGGCUGGGUCAUGGUGUAUGCGCCCCGCGACGAGGCGGAGAUGGAUAUCGUGGAGGGCGUUGUGAGGGCCGCGGCGCGGUGGGUUACUGGUGUUAUGGUUUGAGAUAGCCCCUGGUUGGGCUUUAUGGUUAUAAUGAUGAUGAUGAUGACGACGAUGAUGAGUUUAUAGCGAGAUUUGAGUUCUUUUAGUGAGCGGUCUGGGUGAUAUGUAUGAUACUGUAUGUUAGCUUUUUCUUUUCUGUGACGAUGAUGUCUGUCAUGAGAAAUGGUCUGGAUUAUUGGAUUUUAUAUCUUUUUCUCUGGAUCACCAAUGUUGGCAUGUAUAACAUUGCGGCUAAUGAACCCUUUGGUUACUUGUACA